GCCAUGUUGAAUGUGUUGGUCUAGGCUGCUGCUGCUGUCAGAGUGGGGAGACCCGCACCCCGCCCAUCAGAUCCCAAGUACCAGUCACCCCGAGCUCUCACACUGCAGCACUGUGUAUUGUCCGGUGUGGUGGAGGAACGCUCUCUCCUUCCCCGUGGGUGAGCCGGGAGCGCCCUCCUCCUCCCUGCUCCGGUUCGGGAUGUUCUCUAAAAAAACUCAUGGGGAUGUGAAGAAAUCAACGCAGAAAGUGCUGGACCCUAAAAAGGAUGUGCUGACACGACUAAAGCACCUGAGGAUUGUUAUAGAAAAUGCAGAAUCCAUUGAUCUGAAGCAGUUUUUUGAACAGAACUUCUCGCACAUCUAUUAUGUCUUCUUUGAAAACUUUGUGAUAAUUGAAACAUCUUUAAAGCAGAAAGGUCACAAAUCUCAAAGAGAGGAAUUGGAUGCAAUUCUUUUUAUAUUUGAGAAAAUUUUGCAACUUCUUCCUGAAAGAAUCCACCAGCGAUGGCAGUAUCACAGCAUCAGCUUAAUAUUGAAGAAACUUCUACACACUGGGAACUCUUUAAAGAUCCGCCUUGAAGGACUGCGUUUGUUCCUCUUAUGGCUUCAAGCACUUCAGAACAACUGCAGUUGGGAGCAGCUCUAUAUAUUUGCAUGUCUCAUUCCGGGAUUCCCUGCACCACCAUCUGACCAUGGGAUUUAUACACUGGAUAGCCUAAUCAACCUUCCUUUGAAUCUCCAGGAAAAUCAAGUUACAAUUGAAGAAAUUACACCACUUGUACCUCCACAAUCUGGAGACAAAGCUCAUGAAGACCACACAAGCUACUUCCUAGAAGCCUUGUUGAAAUACAUGGUGAUUCAGGUUCGGAGCUUGGAAUGGCGCAACAGAGAUAACGAGGAAAGUGGGUUUGCCUUUCUUUUUUCUAACUUUAAGAAGUAUUACAUGCCUUACAUUUUCCCUGCCAUGAGCAGAGAAAGCAGCUUAUACAACCCUGUACUUGAGAUACCACAAAUGAGACCAAAACCUCACUAUAUGCUUAUCAGAAGAGAUGCAGAGAGCAAUGAGGCUCAAUAUUGCACCAAAGAGCCCUUUCUAAAUGCCAGGGUGAUUGUUAUUCGAUGGCUAGUGUCUUUCUGGCUAGAACCGAAGCCUCAAACAGGGUCACACAUCCCUGGUACAGAAGGAGAGAAUGUGCCAAAGAAUAUUCAGAGAGCUGCUGCAAAUCUGGCAGCUCAAGAGGAAAGCAGGAGUGAAACUGCAGAGAGAACAGAGCCUGAACAGUCCCACUCCAAUACUAGCACUUUGACUGAGCGUGAACCCAGUGUAUCCAGCCUUUGUAGCAUUGCUGAAGAGCAUAUUACGGAUUAUGAAAUAAUUCGCAGGUUCUUCUCCUGCAAGUGCAGCAAUGUCAAUUUUCUUAUUGAAAUUUUUCGGCAGGCUUUUCUAUUACCAAUCUGUGAGGCAGCUGCUAUGCGUAAGGUGUUAAAGGUGUAUGAACAGUGGAUAAAACAUAAAGAAAAACCCCAGUUCAUGCAAGAACCGGAAGAACCAGCCCAUGUACAUGAUCUUGAUAUAUGCUUAGAGCGUCAGGAAGAAUCAUCUGUGCCAUGCGAAAAGGGGAAGGAACUAGAGGAGCAAUCACUGGAGAAAAUUUCAAAUUCUGGCGGUCAAGCACGAACUUCCAGCGGUUCCAAAACUCUUCAAGAAGCUACUAACCACUUGUCAGAAUCCGAGGCUUUCGAUAGGAACGUUAAAGCAGGGGCUCAGUCCGUUUACCAGGUUUUCAUUGUCAAUGCAGCAAACAUCAUUUUGCUCGAGCCUGCUAAUGAGAAUAAAAUCUUGUUGAAUGAGCACACAGAUAUGUGCAAGAGAGUUCUCAAUAUUUAUAGAUACAUGGUGGUACAAGUCUCCAUGGAUAAAAAGACAUGGAUGCAGCUGUUACUUGUGAUGCUUAGAGUCACGGAGUCUGUUCUGAAGAUAUCACCACAGGUUGUGUUUCAGUAUCAAGGCAGAAAAAAUCAAAUCUUAGCUGGACGUCUAGCGGGACCAUUAUUUCAGACACUGAUUGUAGCCUGGAUCAAGUCAAGCCUUCAUGUUAGUGUGUCUCGAGAGUUAUGGGAUGAGUUACUGUCAGUAAUGUCCUUAUUGACAUAUUGGGAAGAGCAAGCCACUGAGUGGGCUCACACCAUGGAAACUCUUACUAAAGUGCUUGCAAAAAAUGUAUACCACCUUGACCUGAAUGAACUGCCUUUGGACAAACUAAGCGAACAGAAACAGAAGAAGCACAAGGGCAAAGGAUGUAACAAUGAUUUCCAGAAGGUUUCUGUAGAUAAAUCAUUUACCCGUGGCUGGAGCAGAGAACAGCCAGGUCAAGCUCCAAUGCGACAGCGUAGUGCUACCACCACUGGAUCCCCUGGUACUGAGAAAGCCCGAAGCAUUGUGCGCCAAAAAACAAUUGCCAUGAGGAGCCGAUCCAUUGGGGAAAGUGCCCUGCCAUCCGCCUCUAUCCGCAGCGCUAAAAGUGCACCUGUCUUGAUCCAUCCUUCCAAACCCCUACUGCCUGAUAUUGUUCUCACUCUGCUUUCCGAUGAGCUGUCAGAUAUGGAUGAUGCCCCAUCCCUUCCUCGAGCUCCACGUGUAAGGCAUUACUCCCAGAGUGAGGAGACACCCACAGAAACAUUUGGAGCAGUGAAUGAGGAUAGUUCAUCUCUUCCCCGCAGCAGCAGCACUUCUGAUAUCCUGGGUCCCUUCUCAGCUGAGAGAGUUAAAGGUGCAGUGCCUGUCACAGAUCAUCCCUCUCCUCAGGCUUUGGACCCUCCCUGUUCUAAUGCAAACUGUAAGGAAACACCUUUAGCACAAGUUAAUGGCAGUAUUUAUGAUCAUCUCUGCCAGCUGGCUGGCUCAGCUGACCUUGUAAAUGCAGCAAUAGAGCAGAGCUGGUAUGAGGAGUUAGAGGGAGGCAUGGGGGACUUAUUACCCCAUCUUAGAGAGUAUCUAAAGGAGCAAGAUAUGCAAGGGGAGGGGUUAGAAAAAAUUAUGGCUCUACCUGCAAUAAAGUUUUCCUUGGACCGCAAAACUGAUUGUAUUGAUCAGGCAGAACAAUCUAAAUUAUCAGAAGGUCCACACUUAUUAAGUGGGGUCCAUAAUGCAGCUCUUUCAGACCAAACUGAGAGCAUUUUAGUGGGAGAGAGGGGUGUAGGCCGCAAACCAGGGGGCAUGAGAAUGGGAGGUAGAUCAAGGGACUUGCAUGUUCGAAUUCAGGAUGAUGAAGAAGGGGAGAAUGCUAAAAUAUGUGUGGAGCAUGGGGAUAGAAAGAAAGGCCUUAAUAGACAGCAUGCAGCUGAAGAAUAUGAAGCUACUGACUUGACGUCAUCUCAGUUUCACCAUUCUCCUGCCAGUGAACAUGGGGCCAAUAUAAAAAACAUAUGCGAGUCUGUAACGCACAAGGCCAAAGCCAUGCGUCGGAAACGCAGCAGUGUGCAGGUUACUUUCCGCCCAGCUACUGAGGCGGUACAUUUCUCCAAUUCCAUAGAGAACAAGGAUUUUAACUGGAGAGUCAGACUACGGAAGCUAAGUGGUUUGAGCUCUAACUCUUCUGUUGUGGUGGAGCAAGGGAAAUCGACUGCAUAUGCUGCUCUUGGUGCGGCCAGAGUAGCAUCAGGAGUUAGCCAGCCAAGCUGUGAUCAUGCUGAUGUUCCCUGUCCUCUCUCACAAAUUCAAAGGGAAAGUGGCCGUAUAAGGCAGAGAUCUAGUAGUCAAGAAAGACCCCCUACUCAUGCAUCUUUAGGUGGAGUUUAUAAAACUGUUGUCCAUGCUCUCUCAAAACCCAAAGCCAGUGUGUCCCUACAGAGGCAGCAAAGGAUUGCAGCAGAAGCUCCACUGAGGGACCUGUACGGUCAUGUUAUGGGCUAUUUUGGAAGGAAGGCAGCAGCCAACAAAGAAGAUUUAGGCACUCAUGUUAAUGACCUGGAAAAUGAAAUUAGUUCCAACAUUCCAGAUCUGAUGGAUGAAUUUAUAGCAGAGAGACUGCGGUCUGGUGCUCCUCCGACCAUGACUCGAAGAGGUAGUAGCCCUGGCAGUCUAGAAGUUCCUAAAGACUUGCCUGAUAUACUUAAUAAGCACAGCCAGAUGAGACCAGCAGAUGACCCUGGUGUUCCUUCAGAGUGGACGUCCCCAGCAAGUGCUGCCAGCAGUGAUCUUCUUAGCUCUGAUAGUCAUUCAGAUUCAUUUAAUGCCUUUCAAUAUGAUAGCAAGAGGUUUGAAGCAGGUUUCCCAUUUGGCAAUGAACCAACAGUGCCCAUAUCGCUGGAGACAGAUGCUGUGUCUGCUCAGCUUAGCACAGAGGAACCAGAAGUUCUUAGCCUAACAACGCUCCAUAUUGACUCAGAAACCAACAGUCUUAACCAGCAGGUCCUGUGUACAGAGUCUUUGGUUGUGGCAGGUUCUGAGGGUGUUUCACCUGCACUGUCUGCUCCUGGGUCUCGUUCUCAGACACCUUCACCUGCAGCGCUAAGUUCUGAUCAUGGAGAGCUACAUGAAAAGCUUCAACAUUCUGUCUUACAAACACCAGAUGAUAUAGAGCCUUGUGAAUUUGCUUUGGAAUGCUGCAGUGUGAUGGCAGGAGGGACGCUCACUGGCUGGCAUGCAGACGUUUCCACCGUCAUGUGGAGGCGAAUGCUUGGAAUUUUGGGAGAUGUCAAUAAUAUCGCCAAUCCUGAGAUUCAUGCUCAGGUUUUUGAUUACUUAUGUGAGCUCUGGCAGAACCUGGCCAAGAUAAGAGACAAUUUAGGAAUAUCAUUGGAUAACCAGUCAUCUCCAGAACCUCCUGUCCUUAUUCCACCAUUGAGAAUUCUUACACCUUGGCUUUUUAAGGCAACAAUGCUUCCAGAUAAAUACAAACAAGGGAAGUUGCACGCUUAUAAAUUAAUCUGCAAGAUCAUGAAGAGAAGACAGGAUGUGUCGCCAAACCGUGACUUCUUAACACACUUCUACAACAUUAUGCACUGCGGACUGCUUCACACUGAUCAGGAUAUAGUGAACACCAUCAUCAAGCACUGCUCACCUCAAUUUUUUUCUUUGGGUCUGCCUGGAGCUACUCUUCUUAUAAUGGAUUUUAUUGUAGCAGCUGGAAGAGUUGCUGCUUCGUCCUCCCUUAAUGCGCCACGAGUUGAAGCCCAGGUUUUACUGGGAUCUUUGGUUUGCUUCCCAAACUUAUACCAGGAGCUUCCAGCUCUUCACCCAAGCAGUUCUGACAUUGUUAUGUCGAAAUUUACAGACGUCAAGGAGCUCACCAUCAAAACAGUAUUAAGUUCAGCCAGGGAAGAACCAUCUGGUCCUGCAAGAUGUGUAGCAUUGUGCAGUUUAGGGAUUUGGAUGUGUGAGGAACUUGUCAACCAAACGCAUCACCCUCAGAUUAAAGAAGCACUUAAUGUCAUCUGUGUGUCUCUAAAAUUUCCCAAUAAAGUGGUUGCCCAGGUUGCCUGUAGUGUUCUGAAUGUACUACUCAACUAUGUCCAACAACUACAGAUUUACCAGGCAGACUAUCCUCUGAAAAUUAUAGAGAUCCUGCUAGCCACAGUGACACAUCUAUUGCCGACUGCUGAGACCUCAUCGUAUGAGCAAGAUAAACGGCUGGUGGCAUCCUUGCUCCUCUCCCUCCUUGAUUGGAUGAUGGCACUUCCUCUCUCAGUAUUGCUGCGUCCAUUGCACCAUGUUGGGACUGAAAACCAGGGAAAAGAAAACUCUGUAUUGAACUGCGCAUACAAGGUUCUACAUGACUGUGUUUAUGGUUCACAACACUUCAGCAACCCACGGUACUUUCCCAUGAGUCUCUCAGAUCUGGCUUCUGAAGACUAUGAUCCAUUCAUGCAAUUAGAAUGUCUCAAAGAACCAGAACCCCUGCAUUCCCCAGAUUCAGAGCGUUCUACCAAGCUCCAACCUGUUACUGAGGUGAAAACGCCAAAGCAGCAGGGUCUGAUCCCAGUAGCCGCACGGACAGUUAUAGUACAUCUUGUGAACCACUUGGACCAUUAUCCAAUAAAUGGAGACCCUGCCAUGCUGACUAGCCAGAUAUGCGAGAACCAUGACAAUCCAUAUAGUGAGAGCACAGACCUCUCUCCCCAGCUUUUCCACAGUCCUAAUCUGCAGUUUUUUGUUCUUAAUAGUACAACACUUGUGUCAUGUCUACAGAUUCAGGCAGAGGAGAAAUUAACUCCUGGUGAGGAACUUUCUCCUGCUAGCUCAAAUGUACGCAUCAUCAUGCGUGACCUGUCUGGCAAGUACAGUUGGGAUUCUUCCAUUCUGUAUGGACCUUCACUUCCAGUUUCUGGACUAAAAUCACAGUGUUUGUCUCUAGUGCCUGCUUUUAUAUCUCCCUCUGUUAGUCAAGAAGAACACCACCCAUCUACCCAGACUGAGUCAGAGGAAAUUACUUCCCUUUGCUCACGGAGGAGAGGUCGGGAAUCUCUGCCUCUGUGGGACAGCUUAUCAGAUGAGGAAGAUGCUCUUGACUGUCUUUUGCACUACCUGGGAGCCACAGGUCCUGAGUGCCUUCAGAGAGCUGGAGUUCCUCUUAAUGUGCCAUCUCCACCACCUGCUUGCUUUUCAGAAAAGCUUGAAAACGAGGUUAGCAAUGCUAUACUCAAACAGAGCGCAGAAGAGAGAGAAUUUGUGGAAAAGCAUUACAGUAACCUACACAUGAGAGCAAUGCCACAGGAGGAGCCAAGCAACCAAAAACCCCAGUCUGCCUUCUACUAUUCCCGCUUACUGCUCAGCAUUCUUGGCAUGAACUCAUGGGAAAAAAGGAGAAGCUUUCAUCUUCUCAAGAAAAAUGAGAAACUUUUACGGGAGCUAAGAAAUUUAGAUUCUAGGCAAUGCCGUGAGACGCACAAAAUUGCUGUAUUCUAUGUUGCUGAUGGUCAGGAGGACAAGCACUCAAUUCUUUCAAACACUGGUGGCAGUCAAGACUAUGAGGAUUUUGUGGCUGGUCUUGGAUGGGAGGUUAAUCUGUCUAGCCACUGUGGUUUCCUUGGUGGACUUCAGCGAAAUAAGAGCACUGGGCUUAGUACUCCAUAUUUUGCCACUUCUACUGUGGAAGUUAUGUUUCAUGUCUCCACCCGAAUGUUUUCGGACUCAGAUGACUGUUUGACAAAGAAGCUUCGCCAUCUUGGUAAUGAUGAGGUGCACAUUGUUUGGUCAGAACACAGUCGAGAGUAUCGACGUGGCAUCAUUCCAACAGAAUUUGGGGAUGUAUUACUUGUCAUAUACCCAAUGAAAAAUCACAUGUUCAGCAUCCAAAUAAUGAAAAAACCGGAGGUUCCAUUUUUUGGACCUCUUUUCGAUGGUGCCAUUGUAAAUGGAAAAAUUCUUCCAGGUCUCGUUCGUGCAACAGCCAUCAAUGCCAGCAGAGCAUUAAAGUCUCUCAUUCCACUGUACCAGAACUUCUUCGAGGAGAGAAUGCGAUACUUGGAUUUAAUCAUUCAGCAACAUUUAGAGCCCACAACCUUUGAAGACUAUGCAGCACAGGUCUUCUGUCCUGCACUACAUAAUCAUCUCCAGCUGAAUGCACAAUCUUGUUCUGCUGAAGAACAGACUGAAAACUCAUUGGCUGCUGGCGAUGGUUUAGAGUUGGCUUCCACUUUGUCACCAAGGACAAGCAAAAGUCGGAUGUCAAUGAAGCUACGGCGUUCCUCUGGCUCUGCCAACAAAACCUAAAUUUCAAUUCCACAACUCUGAGGUGCCCAACAUUGACUUGCUUAUAAUUGGCAGUGCCAAAUAAGGAAUGUUCCUGGCAUCUCAAACAUAGUCUAUCUUGUUGCAAGAUCACACUCCGUUUUUUAAUUUGUUUGCUUGUUUGUUUUUUUUACACUUCUAUUUUAUUUGAGUGAACACUGGACUUUUAGACUUAAUUUAAUAUUUUAGACUUACGACUCUGUGGUUUUAAAUUAUUUACAAUGCAGAGUGCCAUAUGUAUAUCUAUUGGAACUUUUGGCAAUUUAUUAGCCGAUCUUUAUUAUAGAUCUGGCUAAAAUAAGGCCUCAUCAUGUUGAACUCUUGUUUAUAAUAAUUACUUUUAAUUCACUGUGUUGUAUAUUUAUUAUAUUAUUGCAUAUUUUCACAUAUUGUUUUAGUUAGAAUUGCUUAUUUUGGACCAAUACAAAAAAAUCCAUAGAUUUUACGUACCUAUCUAGAUCUUUGAAAGCUAUCUGCCAUAUCUGUGUGUUUUUUUAUCGGUCCAGUGAAACCUGAUGAGUCCAUGAAAUCAAUACAUGUAACGGAACUAUUUGUUUAAUAUUUUAUACAAUUAUUUUAUUUUAUAUAGUCAAGUCACGGGUCUUACUCACUUAGAAAAUAAAGUCUUGUAUAGCAGUAUUUACUAUGACAAGUUGGCCUUUUUUUGCAGGGAUUAUUAGUGUAAUGGUCCGUACUGUCUGCAAAAUUUCUUAUGCUUUUUAUAUGCCUGAAUCAAUUUUGAUUAAACACUGUGUGCAUAUUUUUUUAAAACGACAUGGUGUUGUAUAUGCAAAGGAAACUGUAGCAAACCACUGCUAAAGCACAGCAUGUGUUAUGGCUUGUCUUUUACUGGUCAAGCAUUGUAACACAAUAAUCUUUUAAACUGUCUGGUCAUACCUUUUAAGAGUUUUUUUGUUGUUGUUUUGUUUUUUAAGUAAGCCCUAAAUACGUUUCAAGAUGCACCUUCUAUAGAAAUUCCAAAGUUAGUUAGUCUAAUAGUGUUUCAUCCACAUCCUGAAUAUAUCUAUCAACAAGCCUUCAUUCCAUGUAAGAGCCCAUUCUGCAUUAUAUAUUAACUGGGCUCUCCUGUGUAUUUUGAUAAGGUUGUAAUUUCAUUUAUAUUGAGCUCUGUUUUUAAUGUAUAUAGCCUAAAUACAUUUUACAAUUAAAUUUAAUUUUUACCAACAAUUUGAAAAAUACAUUCUAUUUAGAACUUAGAACAUAUUGUGAUAGAUCAUUCUGUUUGCAGUUCAGUGUGACAUAUAAUUUGUUUAUCCGGUUUGGAAUGUCAGCUUUGAAUGGCUUUAAAGGGAUAGAAAAGUCACAAUUAAACUUGCAUGAUUGUGAUAGAGCAUGUCAUUUUAAGACACUUUUAAAUUCACUUCUAUUUUCAAAUUUGCUUUGUUUUCUUGGUAUCCCUUGUUGAAAAAGAAUACACAAAUAUAUCCUAUACUAGUGGGAGUUGCUGCUAAUUGGUGCCUGCACACAUUUGUCUUUUGUGAUUGGCUAACUAGAUGUGUUUAUUUUGAUGCCAGUAGUGCAAUGUUGUUCCUUCAGCAAAAGGAUAACAAGAGAACGAAGCAAAUUUGAUAAUGGAAGUAAAUUGGAAAAUUGUUUAAAAUUGUGUUUUAUCCAAAUCAUAAAAGAAAAUGUUGGCGUUUCCUGUCCCUUUAAAGUAUUUUCUUCAAAUAUUAAGUACUUUGCUUAACAUAUGCAUCAGAUUUAAGAAAAUGCUUUUUUAAAAAGCAGUCAAGUUUUGCAUGGAAAAGUUAAUCACUCUAAAGGUUACCAUAAAGGCAGGUAAAUCUGAUAAAUUAGUAUGCAUUAAUAAUAAUUAUCAUUACAACUUGACUAAGAAAAAAACAAAAAAAAAGGUUGUCAGUGAUUUUAGCAUUAAGACCUGCAAAUUAUUUGUAGAACUUUAAUAAAGUAGUUUUUUAGUUUGCAGUCACCAUAAGUAUCAUCAUCACUGUAGCUUGGCAGCUUUAUCAUCAACACUGGAAAGCAUCAGCUCAAGAGAUUAUUGUAACAACCUAAAACUCAAACUACCAGCAGGAAUGAAACCUUUAGAUAUAGUAUAUAUUGUUAAGCUAUAGCUAGAAAAAUAGAAAAAAAAAGAUAUUGCAAUAUCUUUGUUUAAAGGGAAUAGCAUGUCUAGAUGACGGAUAAAAGGGACUAUAAAACCAAUUUCUGUAUCAAGUGUUAGUGUAUAAAUAUAUUUCCAUGAUACACAUUAGGAGUUUUUACUGAUAUAUUAAAAAGUCUGAAAAAGUUAAAAUUUUAAAACUUUUUUUUACAACUAGAGAGCGUUUGUUUAUUAUUAUUAUUUUUUUCCUAGGAUUCUGGGCCAUGCUGUAUUUUACUAGCAGGCAAAUUUCCAGCAGCGAAUUGAGAGAUAUAUUUGAGGUUUAUUUCAUAAAAGACUUUUUAAAUAAUUUCCCUUAGGUAAGUCUCCUGUCCGAUUUAGACUUUGGUGGGUGCUUAGACUUCUAAGAGUAUUUAAAUAAAUAUUCUAUUAUUAUGUGUCCCUAGAAGCCAAAGAAUAUAUUUUAGGUAAGCUUAAUUAAACCAUGUUUUAAAUUCAAUAUUAUAAAGAGAUGAUUACUGAGACAAUUGCGUUUUUCCAUAACGGUUAUUCACACCAGAGGUGCAUUUAUUUAUUAUACAUUUGAGAAAAAAUUACUUAAACCCAUCAUGUUUUAUAUGCAAAUCAUCUUAAAUAUAAAUGUAUUUAAUUGGUUUAUUGAUGAUACUAUUUAACUGCAAUUGUCUCUGGGGGAAAAAUACAUUUUCAGAUUUAUGUUGAUCAAAUUAUUACUUUUUCACUGUGUCAGUUCAAAUAUUUCUUAGGUGUAAACAAAGUUCAUUAUUUCAAAAUACAAAGAAAAUCUUUCUAAUAUGUUGAAGUUUGUGUACAUAAUACAGCCAAACACAUGCACAGCAUUUGAAAAAUAAAAUAAAUGACCAUGUGUAAGCUAUGCUAUUUCCGAAGUAAAAACACUUUUUGCGCAAUUUAUUUUUACAGUAAGUAUAAUGGCAUAGUUGCCAGUCUCUCGAUUGGUUGUCAAACAUAUAACAAAAGAGUUCUAGGAAAUAGUCUGCAGAAAGCUUAUCCGCUAUUCUUGACUUAUAGCUAGAAACCUGUUGCUGCACUGCCAUAUUAAAACUGUAAGGACCUUCUCACGUGGGCAAUUGUAUGGUCUGCAUGUGUAUCCGAGCUGUGGAAACCUCAGCAUGUGAUGUCAUUUCAUGCCGGUUCUGCCCGCUUGUAAGGGCUAGAAAAGAUCACAUCCUAUUUAAUAAUACAAUAAACUAUUCUUACCA